GUAAAGAACCCAUACAACACGUACCACGCAAUAUGUUUGCUGUUUGGCAAUGCAUAUAGUGCACAUACAGUAAGUGCAAGAAGCCUAUACCCCUCAUCCAAAGAAUAACAAGUGUAUUAUUUGUGUUAUGGCACAGCUGUAAUAGCAGGAAAGAAAAAAAGCUAUAGUAAAUCUUGUCCACGCAAUGUUGGUGUAACUAAAUCAGAAAGAAUUAAAAGGGUACUUCACUCAGAUGAAUUUUAAAUAAAAAGUUAGUCAAGGAAAACGCAUAAAAGCCAAGUAUUACGUACAUAAAGCUAAGAGAUAAAUCUUUUCUCGGCUCCUGUUGAUGCUGGGGACUCGGACAUUGCGGAAUAAAUUGCGCUAAAAUAGAAUUCCUUCCUCGAAGCCUGAGCCAAGUCUAUUGUAUUAUUUAUCGUUCAUCUUAUAUGCAUAGGUCUUGUGAUGAAUGAAAAUGCACGAUUGGUUGGCGGGAUCAGUUUAGCGCCGGCGCCAACUGUGUUCACUUGCUACGUCGUAAAUCUGUGUCCGUACGCAUCAGCCUCCGACGGUGCAGUUAUUCCUGCAGCAAUAGCAACAUCCCGACGCCAUAUUGAAGGCCCCUUAUUCCAGUGUAGCCGUUCGCAAUGGAGUGUCUAUCGGAAAUCAAACUGGAGACAGAGAAAGACACAGCUGAAAAAACCAACUUGCAAUCGACAGGUUCCGAAGACAACCCCGAGAGAAUCAUCGAUUUCACGAAAGCAGGUAGUUACAAGACCGGGAAACAAAGAAUUAUUGAGGUGAAUUCGCCGGAAUUUGCUCCCUUGAAACACUAUCUGAGCACCUUGUACGGUUUCACUGACAGUGAUCCUCCUGGCUCUAAAAUAUUGUGCAUAAUUGAACCAAACGAAGACGAUUACUCUCUCCUCGCCAGAGCUGGACAGAAUAAAAGCGAAGUCGAAUGUUGGCACGUACACCGUCGAUGCUUUGCCUGGUCAUUCGGUGUUGGAACAUUGAUUAUCUUGCUGGGCUUGACAUGUCUCCUCUUGGGUUUCCUGCUGCCUCGUCAUUCGGCACUCGUUAAUAACCCGAUGGAAAACGACGAGAAGAUGGGGACAAAUGGCCGCUUCAACAACAGCGAUUCGUCCAUCUCAGCAGUCAACAUGCUUGACCGUAAGGCUAUCGAACACAACAACAUUCUCGAUACCCUAAAGUUAAGCGGAGGGAUGGCUUCUUGUUUUGGUUGCUUGUUGCUUCUUAUGACUUUCAUUUUACCUCCCGAAAGCCAUCCGCCCAAGAUGUCGGACGAAGAACAGCCACCAACGAACAUCAAUCAGCUCAACGAAGCUCUCAGAAACUGCGGAUUUUGAUGUCACGUAAAAUUUCCGAAUGUCCGCCCCCCCCCCCCUUGUGUCCAUAUUUGUUGAGAAACCAUCUCAUUGGCUCAGUUAUUGAUUGUUUACUCUUUUCUCAUUUACUUAACGGAAGUUUUGGCAUUUCUUGUAUGCACUGUGGAUCAGAGGGAAUCGUGUCAUUUGAGGAAAUUUUCUAAUUCAUUCGUAGCUUGCGGUAGCUCGAUCAGUGUUGGGGGAAAAUCUUUACCUGGAUACAAAUUCCGAUAUUUUUUUUUUUGCUUAGCAUUAUUCGCCACUAAUUUGCGUUGAUUUUACAUUUGAAAUUUGAAAAUAUGUCCUAACAGGGAACUGAUUACCGGUAACAACUCAAACUUCGCUAUAGUGUUAUGAAGUAAAAUUAUAUUAUCACUCUGUUUUAGAUUUUGGAUGGGUUAUUGUUGCGAACUUACUACAUUAAUUUUAUUGUUACUAUAAAAUCUCAAUGUCAUAUCAGAAAAAUAAACCCUUUAUCAACGCAAUUAUCAGUCAUUUACUAGAACUUUGGAAUAACUAAUGACUAAUGACAGGUCUAAUUGGUUGACUGGGAUUUUUUUCUCGGCUAAUAUACCAAUCAGAA